GCCCUCCUUCCGUGGGGGGGGGGGGUGCGGCUCCAGGAAACGGGCGCCCAGUCGGCUCCCUCAGAGCGCACCGCAGCUACCCGGGCGCGGACCCGGAGCUUGGGCCAGAGCAGAGCCCGGGGCCGGGGCUUGGUCCUCCGAGCUGCCCCGGACUAGACGGGACGGCCGGGCCGCUGUGCCCGCGAUGGAGCUGCGGAGCCUGCCCAGGCGCACCUGAGGGGAGGGGGGCCGGAGCGGAGGGGCCAUGAGCUCCGUGUGGAAGCGGCUCCAGCGCGUGGGCAAACGCGCAGCUAAGUUUCACUUCGUGGCGUGUUACCAGGAGCUGGUGGUGGAGUGCACCAAGAAAUGGCAGCCAGACAAGCUGGUGGUGGUGUGGACCCGGAGGAACCGGCGCAUCUGCUCCAAGGCCCACAGCUGGCAGCCUGGGAUCCAGAACCCUUACCGAGGCAUGGUGGUAUGGAUGGUGCCAGAGAACGUGGACAUCUCGGUGACCCUCUAUCGGGACCCCCACGUGGAGCAGUACGAGGCCAAGGAAUGGACGUUCAUCAUUGAGAAUGAGUCCAAGGGGCAGCGGAAGGUGCUGGCCGCCGUGGACGUGGACCUGUCCCGGUACGCCGGGCCCGUCCCCUCCCUGACGCCCCUCCGGCUGAAGCUGAAGCCCAAGUCCGUGAAGGUGCUGAACGCCGAGCUGAGCCUGAGCCUGUCUGGCGUCCUGGUCAGGGAAGGCCGAGCCACGGAUGACGACAUGCAGAGCCUGGCCAGUCUGAUGAGUGUGAAGCCCAGCGAUGUGGGGAACCUGGAGGACUUUGCUGAGAGUGAUGAAGAGGAGGCCGGGGGCCAGGGUGCUGCCGAGGCCUGCGCCAGGCCCGCUCAGCCAGGUCGGGCCGCAGCCCCGAGGUUGGGGCAUCUGCCAGAUCCAUCCCGGGAGCUGAGCCCUCUGCGAGAGGAGGAGGAAGGAGGGAGGCCUGGCUCCGGGGCCACAUCCAGGAAGGGAGUGGCCGCCCCUGCCCAGCCUGCUGCCCUGGCCCAGCCGCCUCAGGCUUCCCUGGAGGAGGGUGGCACAAAGAAGCCCAGCCCAGCCCCUGUAAGUGCCCCUGUCCCUGCGCCCCCUGUCAGGGCUUCUCGGGGCCAGGGGGGCAGGGGGCACGGAGGCCCGCCGAGCCCGGGGGGCCAGCCCAGGGCGGAGACGGAAGCGGCCGGGGGCAGGACCGGCUCCGAGACCCAGCCCCCCCAGGGACCCUGUACGGAGCCGAGGUCCCCAUGGCAACCCCUGGAGGAGUCCCCCAUCCCAGCCCCCCGGCUCAGGAGAGUGGCCGCCACCCCCCUGCACCCAACCCCUCCAGCAAAUGAGGAGGAAGCCCCAGGGGACCCCCCAGGGGAGCAGGCUGGCCCCAGCGCCAGGCCCCUUUCUGGAGGGGGAGCCCAUCAGGAAGAGCUCGGAGCAGGAGAGAGAGGCCGAGGGAGGGCCAGAGCCAGGGGGGCUUCCCAGGAAGGACUCCAAAGAGGAGGAGAGGAAGGGGCCCGGGAGGACAGAAAUGGGGGUGCAGCUGAGACCCAGGAGACCGCGCAAGGCGUAGGGGAGAUGGAGGGCCCAGGAGCAAGGGCUGGAAGGGGGAUGGAGGCCAGAAAGGAGGAGGAGGCAGCUGGGAAGGAGCCAGAGGCCAGAGAGGCAGGGCUGGAGCAGGCAGCGGACACCAAAGAGGAGCCUGGGAGGGGGCCCCAGGCCCCAGCAACAGAGGCCCAGGAGGUCACCGAGGAGGCUGGGAAGGGGCUAGAGGCCCCCGGAAGAGCCGAGGAGGCCCAGGCAGGAGCAGCUUCUGCUGAGGUUCCCCUUGAAGCAACUUCAAUCCAAGAAAUGAGGAGGCCAGAGGCUGGGGAAGCAGCUGAGGAAGGGCAGGCGUCUGGCAUCCGGGGCCUCGGCCCUGCGGCCCCCCCGGAGUCAGAGCAGGAAAAUGAGGGCCCGCAAGCCCCUGGCCCAGUGGAAGGAGCUGAGCCUGGGGCUGAGGCUGGAGCCAGGGAGGGCCCCAGGGAGGUUCCUUGGGGCAUAGCCGGGACUUCAGAACAGGGCAAGGACAGUGGGCGAGCAGAGCAGAGGGUCCCAGAGGGCCCGGGGGCGCUGGGGGUCCCUGCCACAGCAGCUGAAGGCACCGCCGCCCAGGUGAGCAAGACUGCAGUUCAGCCGAGGGGCACUGACAGGCGGGGGGCGGCCGGGGCUGGCCUGAGCGGGCCUGAGCACUUGGGGGCUGCGACACUGAGCAGUGGGGAGGAGGCAGAGGCAGAGGCUGGGCCUGAGGAUGAGGAAGAGCAAAGAGCAGUCCAGAUCCUGGGGACGAGGGAGACAGAGUUAGAGACUGAAGAGAUAGGAAGGGAGGCUCAGGCACUCAAGGGAGUGGGGGCUAAGGACCUGGGGACUGAGGAGACAGGGCCUGGGGCGUUGGGGACCCAGGAGAAGGAAGCUGGAAUGUUGGGGACCCAGGAGAAGGAAGCUAGGGUAUUGGGGACUCAGGAGAAGGAAGCUGGGAUGUUGGGGACCCAGGAGAAGGAUGCUGGGGUGUUGGGGACCCAGGAGAAGGAAGCUAGGGCAUUGGGGACUCAGGAGAAGGAAGCUGGGAUGUUGGGGACCCAGGAGAAGGAAGCUGGGAUGUUAGGGACACAGGAGAAGGAAGCUGGGGUAUUGGGGACCCAGGAGAAGGAAGCUAGGGCAUUGGGGACUCAGGAGAAGGAAGCUGGGAUAUUGGGGACCCAGGAGAAGGAAGCUGGGAUGUUAGGGACACAGGAGAAGGAAGCUGGGAUGUUGGGGACCCAGGAGAAGGAAGCUGGGAUGUUAGGGACACAGGAGAAGGAAGCUGGGGUAUUGAGGACCCAGGAUAAGGAUGCUGGGGUGUUGGGGACCCAGGAGGACAUUGGGGUGUUGGGGACCCAGGAGGACAUUGGGGUGUUGGGGACUCAGGAGAAGGAUGCUGGGGUGUUGGGGACUCAGGAAAAGGAAGCUGGGGUGUUGGGGACUCAGGAAAAGGAAGCUGGGGUGUUGGAGAAUGGGGAGACAAAAUCUGGAACAUUAGAAAUGAAAGGGACAGAAUCUGGGGUGUUAGAAACUACAGAGACAGCAACUGAGAGAGUGACAUCUGAGGCAGUGAUGACAGAGAAGGCAGAAACUGGGCUGGGGGGGAAUGAAGAGAUGGGGCCUGGGCCUGAAGUUGAGCCGGAGACUGGGGGGUGUAGGGGACUUGGGAUAUUGGGGGCUAAGAAGGCAAGAGCCGGGGUAGUAGGGGAUGAGGGAACUGCUAGGAUUUUGGAGACCAGGGAGACAGAACCUAGAACAGUAGAGAACGAAGAGACAGGAACUGAGAAAUUGACACUUGAUAUCCUGGGGGCUGAGGACAGAGGUGAGGCAGGGGGGAAAGGGGAGACGGGGGCUGGGAGGCCGGGGCCUGAACAGACAGGGACAGAGAUGGCCUCUGGGACUUUGGGGACUGAGGAAAUAGGAGGCAAAGUCCUGGGACAUGGGGAGGUGGAGGCAGAGCUAUUGGGGAUGGAGGAGAUGGAGGCUGAGACACUGGAGAUGGAGGCUGGGACCCCAGGGCCUGAGGAGAUGGAGGCUGAGAUACUAGAGAUGGAGGCUGGGACCCCAGGGCCUGAGGAGAUAGAGGCUAGGAUACUAGAGAUGGAGGCUGGGACCCCAGGGCCUGAGGAGAUGGAGGCUGGGACCCCAGGGCCUGAGGAGAUAGAGGCUAGGAUACUAGAGAUGGAGGCUGGGACCCCAGAGCCUGAGGAGGCAGGGGCUGGGACACUGGCAGCCCAGAGAAUGGAGGCUGAGAUACUAGGGAGCGAGGACCCAGGGGCUGGGACCCCAGGGCCUGAGGAGAUGGAGGCUGAGAUACUAGAGAUGGAGGCUGGGACCCCAGAGCCUGAGGAGAUGGAGGCUGGGACACUGGCAGCCCAGAGAAUGGAGGCUGAGAUACUAGGGAGCGAGGACCCAGGGGCUGGGACCCCAGGGCCUGAGGAGAUGGAGGCUGAGAUACUAGAGAUGGAGGCUGGGACCCCAGGGCCUGAGGAGAUGGAGGCUGAGAUACUAGAGAUGGAGGCUGGGACCCCAGGGCCUGAGGAGAUGGAGGCUGAGAUACUAGAGAUGGAGGCUGGGACCCCAGAGCCUGAGGAGGCAGGGGCUGGGACACUGGCAGCCCAGAGAAUGGAGGCUGAGAUACUAGGGAGCGAGGACCCAGGGGCUGGGAUCCUGGGGCCUGGGGAGAGGGAGGCCAGGAUUAGGAUGCCUAGGAAGGGAACCUCAGCUGAGGAAGUGACUGGGUGUGCACUCUUGGGUUCGGGGGAGGAGUCAGAAGCAGAGCCAGAGUCUGAGGGGCCUGUCCAGGAGCCAAGUCCAGCCCCAGCGUCCCCAGCAGGCCGGGGGCCUAGGGAAGAAGCCCCCAUGGCCACGGCCACCAGCUCCCCCCGGCCGACCCCCGCUGCAGUGCAGGAGGAGGGGGAGGCCCAGGGCUCUCGUGCCUUCUCUUCACCAACACCCCCCAGCCAAGAGUGGCCCGAAGAGGACAGGAGGCCUCGGGGCUGGGGGGAAGGCCCGGAGCCUUCCCUGGGCACCAAGGUGAGCUCUAGCCAGUCCCUGCUUGAGUGGUGCCAAGAGGUCACGGCGGGUUACUCGGGCGUGCGGGUCACCAACUUCACCACGUCGUGGCGCAACGGGCUGGCAUUCUGUGCCAUCCUGCACUACUUCCACCCGGACAAGAUUGACUUUGCAGCCCUGGACCCACAGAAUAUCAAACAGAACAACAAGCAGGCCUUCGACGGCUUCGCCGCUCUGGGCGUCUCUCGGCUGCUGGACCCGGCAGACAUGGUGCUCCUGGCCGUCCCCGACAAGCUGAUCGUGAUGACUUACCUGUGCCAGAUCCGGGCCUUCUGCACCGGGCAGGAGCUGCAGCUGGUCCAGCUGGAGGGCGGAGGCGGCUCCAGCACCUACAGGGUGGGCGGCCCCGAGCCGCGGCUGCCCGAGGCCCUCGGCUCCAGCCACCUGGCACGGCGCCUGCGCGAGCGCAGCGGCGACAUGGCCGGGGCGGCCCCCGCCCGGGAAGCCAGAGGCGAGGCCGAGACGGAGGCCGAGGACGAGAAGGGGCCCGGCGUGGCCGCCAGGAAGCCGGGACAGGAGGCAGAUGGGGCCGCCGGGAGCCCGGAGGAGGCCCGAGCCAGGGCUGAAGGCCCCGCGCUCCGGCCCCGGACACCUCCCCCCGCGGACGGGCUCCCGAACGGGACGGGGCCUGCUGGGGUCAGACUGAGGCGGCCCUCGGUGAACGGGGAGGCCGGUCUGGGGCCCGUCCCCCCGCCGCGGGCCCACGGCUCCUUCUCCCACAUCCGGGAUGCCGACUUGCUGAAGAAGAGGCGCUCGAGGCUGCGGAGCGGCUCCUCCCUGUCUGUGGACGACGCCGACGCCGGGCCCGCGGAGACCCCGGCGCCAGACCCGGCCUCUGUCUCUGGCAGCCUUCACAAGCCUCCUGAUGGGAGUCCUCCAGCAGAGGAGACACCCCCAAGUUCGGGUUCCAGCGCCAGCCCCAACGAGGAGCCAGGGAUGCAGCGAUUCCAGGACACGAGUCAGUACGUGUGGGCGGAGCUCCAAGCCCUAGAGCAGGAGCAGAAACAGAUCGAUGGGCGGGCGGCCCAAGUGGAGACCCAGCUGCGGAGCCUCAUGGAGACAGGUGCCAACAGGCUGCAGGAGGAGGUGCUCAUCCAGGAGUGGUUCACGCUGGUGAAUAAGAAGAACGCCCUGAUUCGGAGGCAGGACCAGCUCCAGCUCCUGAUAGAAGAACAAGACCUGGAGAGACGGUUCGAGCUCCUGAGCAGGGAGCUGAGGGCCAUGAUGGCCAUUGAAGACUGGCUCAAAACGGAAGCCCAGCAGCACCGGGAACAGCUCCUGCUGGAGGAACUGGUGUCCCUGGUGAACCAGCGCGAUGAGCUGGUGCGAGAUUUGGAUAACAAGGAGAGGACAGCCCUGGAGGAGGACGAGCGGCUGGAGCGGGGCCUGGAGCAACGGCGUCGGAAGCUGAGCCGCCAGCUGAGCCGCCGGGAACGCUGCCUGCUGAGCUGAGCCCAACCGAGCCGUGCCGAGCGAAGCCGGGCCUCGGACUCCCUUCCGGGGUGGUGGGGGCCAGGGGCCGCCUCUGUCCGGGGGUCUUCUCUCCAGAGGAGCUGCUGGCCGCCCCGCCCCGCGCGUGCCUUUCCGUGCGUGGCCACCAGAGGCCGCUGUAGAACCUGGUUUGCAGCAGGACCGGGCGUGGGGGGAUCAGACCCCGCCCACCAGGCCGUAUUUAUUGAAGCGUGUGCUUGUGUACGUGUGUGUAUUUGCGUGUGCGUGGCCGCCCCUCGCGAUCCCCUGCGAAGAGAGUAUGGGGGGGCGGGAGCCGCGGGACAGACUGGGUCUCGGGGCUCUCGCUAGGGUCGGGGCGCAGAAGCACUGAGGGCUGAGCCCGGGGCGCGUCUGUCCGCAAUAAAUGGUGACUUGGAGCCGGCCCCGUCGGCUCCCUUCUUCCCCCGGGUUUGGAGGAGGGAGGGGUGGGCCGGCGGGGGCGGGACUUCCCUGGGAGGACCGGAGGGUUCGCCCAUUCUGCACCUGAGGACGGGGGAGUUGAGAUGAUAAUAAAGUCGUGGCCGCCUGCUGAGGCCUGGACCCUGAACCUGGGCCUGGCGAGUCUGUGGUCUUUGGCCAGAUGCCCUCCUCCUCUGGUCCUGUUGGCCGGCUGCAGGUGGGGGGAGCGAGGAAGGGGGGAUCCUAGCACUGCCCCCCCCCCCCGCCUGCCCUGUGAGGCUGUGACCUGCCCAGGGGCGGGCAGGAACACUGGAACAGGGAUGGGUUCAGGGCGGCCGAGGCUGUGGGUGCCCCCAGCAAGGCUGCCUCCUGGGGAUUUCAAAGAAGCCUUGAGUGGCGGAACCAGAAGGGAGGGUCGGACCUUCCAGACACCCCCACGAGGUGUGGACCAGUAGUGGGGGAAGGCAAGGAGGUCCGACAGCCUCCCCAGACUAGCACUGCCCUCCGGCCUCGGGCCACUUGGAACAGGGACCGAGUGGCCCCGACCUUCCCUCUCGGUGGCCAGCCUGUCUGUCGCUUCCAAGGCAGAAGAGCCAUAAAGGCCGGGCACUGGGGAUAAAGUGACUCACCAGGGUCGUCCAGCUAGGAAGCGCGGAGGCCACACUGGGACCCAGGAGUUCUCAGGCUCCAGGCCGGGCUCUUUGUUGCCUGAGCCUCCCAGCUGGCCUCUCUGACAUGGUUGGUUGUUUCCUGAGGCCGGGAAGAGCCUCCAAUUGGGGGUCCCAAAGCAGUGGGGCCCCCUGGGGAUGCUUGGCUGCCAGAGGCCGGUUAUCCCCUAAAGGCUCAGACCCUGGCAGGCCUGGCUGUGCCCGCUCUUCCCUGUUCUACCCUCCGCCCUCCCUGAAUGCGCCCAGGAGGGCACUGAGAGGCCACCCCAGGGAUGGAGAGCUCGAGGCCCCCCAGGCAGCUCAGGGGGUUUCCUGGGAUGGGGUAGUGGCGGGAGAGCCAGAGCCAGCGGGUGGGUCUGGCCAGGAACGAGGCCCCCAGGCUGACCGUGCAGAGAUGGAAGGACUCUGGCAGGCUCCGGCCGUCCUCCCGGCGCCAGAGCAGCAGGCCAGGAAGGCCCCCUGCCCUUGGGCUGAGCCCUCUGGUCGUGUUCGUCCUCCCUGACCCAAAGCGGCCCUGUGGAGGGAUUUCUUGGCAGAGAUCCGGGCACAGUUCGCCAUUUCCACAUCCAGCUUGUUUUACAGAUGAGGAAACUGAGGCAGGCGGGAUUUGGUGACUGGCCCAGGGUCACCCAGCUGGGAAGUGUCUGAGGCCGAGUCCUCCCGACUCCAGCCCUGGGGCUCUACCCACUGAGCGACCUGGCCCUGCCACAUGCUUUGCCAACCCCAAAGAGCUCUGCCUACGUGACUACGGGGAGGUGGCCUCUAGGGGCCAUUCCAGGCUCUUUUUGGCUGCAGAGCCAGGGGCAAUGGGGGGGGGGGCAGGGUUCAAAGAGCCCGAUCUGGGGUCUUUCCAUCCCAGGAAAUCCCCCUGAGCUGCCCGGGGGUGGGGGGGGCUGUGAGCUCUCCAUCCCUGGGGUGGCCUCCGCCAGCCGUCACUGCCCCCGGGCAAGGCCCUCCAGAGCCUGAGGUUCUGGGGUCCUGCCCUGGCCUGGCUCCAGAGGGAGCAGCCCUCCUGGAGCUGCCAGUGGGGGAGUGUCUGGGACUGAGGGGUGUCCCCUGCACCUCCCUGUGAGGAGCUCUGGGGAGGGAGACCCGGGUGCUACCCCCAGCCUCCCCUUCCCCGCGGUGGUGAGGAUGCUGAAGGCAGAGAACGGGGCAGCAGCAAAGUCCCAGCUGUCGGGCUCAGUGGCACUGCCCUGCACUCGCAGCCCUGCCUCCAGCAGCACAUCCAGCUCCCGGCGGGACGGGCAAUCCUGGUGGUCUGCCUGGAAGCCAGUCAGGUGCCCCAGCAGCUGCUCCUGGAGUCUGCACUGAGGGGGACCCUCGACGGCCAUGAACACAGCAGAGCCCAGUAGCAGGAAGGCCAGUCCGCGGGCAGGAGUGGGCCCCAUGCCCAGCUUCGGCCCUAGCCGGGGCUGGGGGUGGCACAGGCUUCCUGGGCUCCGAGGGGCCAGGAGCGAGCGGCUGAGCACGGGCUCCCGGGCACAGGAAGGAAGACUGGAGCGGUGCCCGUGUGGGUGAAUGGAGAGGGAGGGCCGGCCUGGGGCAUCUUCAUGGGCAUGAGAGCCAGGACGAGGGAAGAGCCUGGAGGCCCCAAGGCCGGAGACCAGCAGAGGGUGACGGAAGCCCUUCAGACCCCCGAACCCCAAGCAGAGGGGAAGACUUGGCCAAGCACACUCUGCCACCAGCAGCACCCAUGGGGCCUGGGACUCCCUUCUCCCUCCCCCUUUCCACCCAGGGAGGUGGGGGGGCAGAGCGUGGCGGGUCCACAGCUGAGGAGAUCCACAUUAUCUGGGGGGCCUCAGCAGAUGGAGAGCCUGGCCUAUAGACUCCUAGCUGGGCCACCCACUUCACGGCUCUUCGGCCUGAGAACCGCCCCACAGCACUGAUUCUAAGAGGGUUCAAGAGAUUUUCUGGCCGUCACCAUCAUUUUACAGGUGAGGAAGCGGAGGACCAUGGAGGCCCCGAACCUCUCCCGUUGGACUGGAGGGCAGACCAUCUUGCUUAAAUUUGUUUCUUUAUCUUAAAAAUUCUUUAAGAAAUGUAAAUAUUUGGUUAUUAAAUAAUAAAUCCACAUUCUUCGUA